CAGAGUGAGCUUGACAUUGCCCGCAUCGAGCUCUGCUGUGGAUGUGAUGGGGGAUAUUCAGGAGCGAAACUGAUUGCAGAAAACCACACAGACGCCAGUUAUCGAGCAAGAGACAGCUGCACACCCUACUUUCCAACUCCGCGCUCAUAUAUCGAAUCUCCGACGCGCCGCGGCAUUACUCCAACACAUAGAAUCGACGACGCAAGAAUAAUUCCCACUGGCUACAUGUGUCGUUACGAGCUCCUAGGUCGUGGAAUUCUAUAUUGGCAGCGACAAGAGUCAGGUCUAGAUAGAAAUUUCUCCUCCAGGGAACUCCCUACAGAAUGCUCCACGAGAUCCUGCUUUCCCUCUCCGGCCAGCCAUCGCCUCUCAUCGACAUAUACUCGGAUGAAAAUACCGUCUCUCAAGAUGCUUUUCCAGUGCUGUCACCACCGGAGAAAGCCCUCCUCACGUCCCUCGCCCGUUUGAGCCGGCUUCAUGCCCGGCUACGAACGCAAACUUCGCUGAUUUCUUCUUCGCAUACCUCGGUCAUAUGCCGCGCUGUUUCGACCGCAAUCACCACAGAACACCUUGGCGGAUUCCAAAAGAAAAUAUUAGAGGUGGAGAAGGCAAUACUUGUCGAGGAUAGCGGAUAUGUUGGAGGGUACGGUAUCGUGCCGCUGUCGACGAUUGUUGCAGAGUUCGCACCAUGGACACGACGAUUAGAAUGGCUUUGGGAAAUCGUGCGGUUUAUACAGCCCGAAUACACGAAAAGCAGGUCUUCGGACGGCUGUACCGGCGCCGCUUUGAUCGAUAACCUUCGAGCGGAAUCGCAAACGGGAUACUCUGACCUUGAAGAGAUGGCGCUGCAUCUGGUUACCGCCGCGGAGACUGCUUGGAUGAGGCAAUUGUCAAUGUGGCUUUUGUAUGGAAAUCUGCCUAUGUUUGGAAAAGAUGAUUUCUUCAUCCAAGAGGACAUUUCCAGCGAGAAGGAUCGUCAUCAAGGAGUAACACAGUUUGUCAUGCAUGCGAGCUUGCUUCCGAAAUUUGUCUCGCCACAAGCGGCAUCGUCUAUUCUUUUCAUUGGGAAGUCCUUGAACCAUAUCCGAGCAAAAAGGAAAGCUCCUAUGGCCGAUACUCCAACUGGCCUUUUGACUUCUCCGGUCACUUUGCAUGGGGAACAUAUUGAGCACCUUGCCGCUUUGAAGUCACCUAUCUCAACCCCAAAGCUUACCAAUGCCAUUGAUACCAUCCGACUAUCACUGUCGCAAACCACACUUUCUAAGCUACUGCCUCUGCCAAAAAUCCUCGAGAUGCUGUCCUUGCUUCAUGAUUUUCUACUUUUACGACGCGGCGAGUUUGCCAUGGCACUUGUGUCACAUGCAGAUGCCCGCCUAAGUGAAAGACAUCGGAGGCCGGAACUUUUGACAACCAGGGGGAAAUCAUCUGAAGGACUAGAAGGGCUUUCUAUCACAGAAGGGGAUGUAAUGGCUACCCUGGCGCAAGCGUGGACCGAGCUCUAUUCUUUACAGUACGAAGAAGAUCCGGCAGAUGAUGAGCUCGACCUUGCUCGGGAUCUUGUCCAAUUAUCCAUCAGCGACAAACGAAACGACGAGGCGAUGGCAACAUCCCAGGAUACGGCUGGAGUUGAUCUAGUAACGGAAAUAUCAAGCGUCUCUUUUGAAGAUCUCCUUUUCCCAACGCCAACAUAUCUUUCAGUUCAUGUACUGCAACCCCUUGACCUAUUCCUCUCAGCUUCCGACGUCGCUAUAUAUUCAAAGAUUCACUCCUACCUUCUGGGUCUCCGGCGUGCGCAAAUACGCCUAGGUGAUCUUUGGAAGCAUACAUUUCUCCGAAGAAGUCACCCUUCUCCAUGGGGUCCUCCGCGGAGUAACACACCAUUUGGCCAGAAUAGGCUCAAGGCAGGGAGACAAAGAGACUACAUUCGAAUUCGACAAAUGAGGCCAAUAUGGGCGACUGGCAGUGCUUCACUGUUUGUUCUGUCAGAAAUCGGGAGCUUUUUCCAAGGAGAGGUGAUCAAUGGCUCCUGGCAACAUUUCCGAGAAUGGAUUGAAGGGCCCCCACCAGCAGGAUCAGUGGCAGGCUCUCGACCUGGAACCGCAUCAUCAUCUAAGCAGCAGCCCGAUAGUAUACAGGGAAGCUCUACCCAAAGCACACAGAGACAACACGACCCAGAGACUUUGACGGUUGCACAUCGGCGGUAUCUUUUUACUCUCGUGCAGUCACUGUUUCUCACAGAUUCACCGUUCACAGGAGCUCUUCGAUCACUUUUGACUAGUGUUGAUAGCUUUAUCGCCCUCGUGGUUCGAUUAGAGAGCAUCCAGCGCAAUAUGGAUCUAGAAGAAGAUGAGGGUGUCGUUGAUGACUUGGCAGACUACCCAGGCGAAGAGAAAGAAGUCUGGCAAGAACUCAGCGCCACGCGAUUGAAUGUGGAAGCGGGAAUUAAGGAUGUGGUGGCUCGAUUAAGAGAUAUCGAUGAUAACCAAUCUGGGGAAGGGCGAAGACUAUUCGACCUUUCCAAGAACCCAGCUCAAAACUGGACGGCUCAGCAGAAUGGCCAUGCUAGUCACUAUGUCCCACAAAAGCCCAUUGGUGUGGAUCGACUGUUGAUGAAGCUGGACUUUGGGAAUAUCAACGAUAGUAUCGGUCCUGGAACUGGUGUCGCAGGUGGAUUCGUCGAGAUGGAAUAGAAGUCCCCGAAGAAGAUAACCGGGAUUCUCGCUCUCGGUGGGAUUUUGCUGGCUACGAACGCGCUUUUGCUUUAUUUUGAUGUCGCCCGAAAGUCUGGUACGUCUUUUAAGACACGGGAAGGUGUUUGA